AGGUCUUGUGACGGCGCAACAUUUGAACUUAAAAUUACUAUAAAUUCGUAAGUGAAGAUCAGAAAUCAAGAAAUCAUGAGUGUAGCAAUCCCACUGUAGUGUUCAAAAAAAUUUUACAAAUUAUAUUAUUAUUAAAUAAAAAUUGUUCUAGUGUAUAAGUGUCAAGUAACUCCUCACAAUGGGCGAUAUAAACCUGGACAAGCCCCUCUACGACCAGAGUACGUACUCUGGGCGCGCGAAGCACUUUCUGCGUCUCACCAAUCCCAUCAAUGCCUUCGCCAGCAGCGCCGACCUGGAGGAGGCCAAGCGAGUUGUUACAGAGUUCAGAAAAUCGCGCAAAAUGCCAGCGGGCUACGACGUAGAUAAGCUGUGGAGCGCGAAGUACCUGUACGACAGCGCGUACCACCCCGACACCGGCGAGAAGAUGAUCGCGGUGGGACGCAUGUCCGCCCAGGCGCCCAUGAACACCAUCAUCACUGGCUGUAUGAUAACGUUCUACAAGUCGACUAGUGCGAUAGCAUUCUGGCAGUGGGUCAAUCAGACCUUUAACGCCGUGGUCAACUACACUAACCGAUCUGGCGACGCGCCCAUGCCCACCUCACAACUGUUGGCGUCGUACUGCGCUGCGUGCGGCGGUGCACUCAGCACGGCGCUCUACCUCAACAGUAAAGUCAAGAACAUGAAUCCGAUUUUCGCCCGGCUCGUGCCCUUCGCAGCGGUGUGCGGCGCCAACUUCAUCAACAUCCCCAUGAUGAGGAGCGCUGAGCUUCUAAACGGCACGCCGGUGUUCACUGCGGACGGAGCGCGCGUGGGCGAGUCCAAGACUGCGGCGCGCUACGGCAUCGGGCUCGUGGUCAUCUCGCGCGUGCUCAUGGCGCUGCCCGGCAUGACGGUGACGCCCAUCAUCACGAACAUAGCGAUCAACAAGGGCGUGUUCUGCCGCCGGCCGCGCCUGGUGGUGCCGUUCCAGCUGCUGCUGGUGGGGCUCUGCGUCACGUUCGCCACGCCGCUUUGCUGCGCGCUGUUCGAGCAGCGCGCCUCGCUCGCCGUCGACAGCCUGGAGGACGAACUCAGGACAAAAGUCAAGAGCAACUAUCCAAAAGUAAAAGAAGUUUACUUCAACAAAGGGCUGUAACAGGGUACAUUUACCCUAAAAACUAGUGACUCUGAACCACGGCAGCAACCAAAGAAACCUCCGAGACUAACGCUAUACAAGUCUCCUGUUGAUAAGUCGAUUGCAAUUUUUAGAUGCAUUUUAGCUAUAGUCCGGCCAUUACAAUAGGUCCCUUUUUGACAGUAAUUUAUAUACCUAUUUGUGAAUUUAUAAUUAAAAAUUGACAAACUAUAGACAGAAACCAUUCCACUUAAUAUAAUAAAUGAGAAUUUUUUGUUACACUUUCACGCAAAAGAGUGGGAGAUACAUUAUAUCCUGAACUUUUACUACUUUUAUUCCGGAAAAAUCAAUGAUUUGGUCGAGUUCGCGGGCGUUUGAAAAUAAACUACCGAUGUAUUAGUAGUAUUAUUAUAGAAGAUUCUAAGAGUUUUGAGGUAUCAGUAUUAUAUUACGAGUAGAUGGAAGUAGGUACCUUAAAGUUAAUCUUUAGAGGUGAUGCUUUAAAAAAAAAGGGUUUUUGUUAACAUAUCUUAUACGUUUUCUCAGGAAACACACUCAUAUAUACAAACAAAUUAUGUCAAAAGUGACUUACUAGAAUGGUUGGACUGUAGUGUUUUUUUUUUUUUUUGUUUUACAAGCAUUUAUCUUGUCUUAGGUCGCAACUGAACAUUCCUUUUUAUGUGAUCUUAUAUUUAUUUAUUUAUUUUUAGAUCUGUAUCUAUUUUAUACACGUUAUGUUUUAUUUAUAGGCAUAUAGUUUGUUAUUUUUUUUAAAUUCAUAUUAUUUUGAAUUGUAUAUUACCAAAGAUUUGUAAACCAGACUACUGCGAAAUCGAAAAGGCGAAACGUUGAUUUUCUAUUUUAAUAAUUAUAGUUAAUACUAUAAAUAUUAAAUUUUUUUUUUAGUUUAAUUUAAUACAUUACUUGUUAUGAAAAAUAAACAAAGGCAAUUCGCGUACAAUUAUAAUUUAACGAAUAUAUAAAUACUUAAAGUUCUUAAGAUAUUAGUAUUUUUUGAAGCUUUUGAAGCUAUUAUAACUGUCAUAACUUGAAAAAAAAAAGUUAGUUUCGAUUCCGUUUUUGAUUUGCAGCAAUGUUUUAAAGGCGUUUUGUCCACAUUUUUUUUUUCAAAAAUAUGUCCACUGCCAAUUAAAAGGAAAUUUUGUAUUUUACAGUACUAUUCGUACUAGUUGUUGAUUGGUUGUUAAAAGUGUUCUUCACAGGUAUUCCAUUGGAUGAAGAAACUUUGAAGUUGCGUUGUAUGUUAUUGUUGUUUGAUGAAUCCUUAUUGGUGUACUUAACUAUCCGAAUUCAGACAAUGUUUCCCUCCAACUUUCGAUAUUCGUACACAUAAAUACAUACUAUGUACUAGUAUUCAUACAAAGCAAAGCUUUCUAAGGUGGUAUAUAUAUACUAUUUUUGACAUUUUACUCUAAAAUUAUCAGCAUCGCUCGUGUAUUUUUCUUUUUAAGCAAAUGAUUAAAUGUUCAAACGAAAAAAACUAAAAUUGUUUUAAAACACACACACAAGAUGGCGUUAUGCAAAGUAUUUUUUGUGUCAUGGCGUUUUUGCGUUAUGUCAAAUUAAAAUGGGAAAUGUCAAAAAUAGUCGAACAAAACGGCUGUACUAUAGGUUAGUGAAUUGAAUUUAAACUUUAAAGUACAAACGAAACUUAUUCCAACUGAGUGUUUACAUUUACGUUUGAUACACUUUGAUUGCUGUUAAAAAAACGAGGUUAAAUCUCUGCAAAAAAUGUAUUCAUGUAAAUUAGUUUAGUAGCGUUGAGCGUGCAUUUAGCGAUAUGAAUUGGGUUCUUAUUUUUUUUUUUGGUGUUUAUAGGCAUAUAGGCAUAAUAGAUGGAACGGA